AAUGAACCGUGAACACUGAUAACCAAAUGAUUCCCCAUUAGUUCGCUAUUUGCAAGAUAGAGGGUGCUAGUGGUAGUCAGAUAGUUUAUCAUUUACCCUCCGUAGAUCUCGCACCAACAUCUGCGGAGAUGUUCUCCAGAAUAUUAUCUUCCGUCAUUCCCGUCCCAACCCUAGAGAGAGAAGGUCUUUACUCCGGGUUCAGUGUAAACCAAUGCUCAGCUACUCCGACUACCUGGAUAAAUAACCAAGAUUCAGAUUUUGCCCCAGCAAGAAGAAGGAUGGAAAUUGAUAAAGAUUCUCUUUCAAAUGCUGGAAUAGAACUGACAGACGCUGAGCUGGAUCUUUACUGCAGAGCUUUCAAGCAUAUUGAUGCUGAUGGGAGUGGAGAAAUUGAUGCAAUAGAGUUUAAAGGAGUUCUUGGCUGGUUAGGAAUACAUCUGGAGGAAACUGAGGUUCGGGAUAUGAUUGCUCAGUACGAUGAUGAUGCUAGUGGAGAGAUUGGACUAAAUGAAUUUGUUGUUCUUAUGGUGAAACAGGGUUUUAAAAUUGGGUUGCCUGAGCUGAGACUUAUCUGUUCCUCAUCUGAGUAUAAAGAUGAUAUGUUGGCCUUAUAUCAAGCUGGGUUCUAGUACUACAGAGGAUCAAAUUGAAAGAUUGAAAGAGGUUUUCCUUCUCUUGGAUGUGGAUAAGAGUGGAGAGAUGGACCUAGAAGAGCUGACAACCGUCCUGCAGUAUCUAGGGUUAAACUAUAACCCGGAGGAGAUUCAAGCAACCUUUGACGAGUUCGACACCGACGGGAGCGGGACCAUCGAGUUCUCGGAGUUCUUGGUCCUCAUGCACAAAAAGAACGUAAAGAUCACUGAUACAGACCUGAAAGUGAUUAAAACAAUGCUCAAGGAAUCAGCUCAAUAGAUCAAUUAGAUCAAUUAGAUCAAUUAGAACAAUUAGAUCAACUGUAUAUUCAUCGCAAGACUACAAACAAUAAAAUCAACUGAAUUCAUUGAAUUGAUUAGAUCAAAGUAACAACUAGAUAAAAAAAUCGACCACAAAGAUCAGCUACAGGGUUACAUUGGAUCAUUCUUGUAUUCGGGUUUCUUUUCUUAUAAAUAAAAAAAAAUCGGAUUAUCAUAUUAAAAAGUUUUGGAAUUUUAACCCUGUAUGUCCAAUAAUUAGAUUUUAUCUUUGGCACCAAAAAUGUUCAAGACCAAUAACAAAGUCCACAUCGUUAACUAGAUCAAAAUAUAACAAAAAAUAGAUAUUAUAUAUUAUUAACAUUAUAGUUAUCAGUAAACUUCGAUUUUAAAUCUUUAAACAGAAUUUCAAGAGGGCAUUAACGUAGUUUAUUAUAGUGCCAUAAUUGACUGACAACAGCAGCCUUUAAACCUCUUUCUCAGUAAAGAAGGUUCUCUUAGAUUAGGAUUUUGUCUGUUAAACAACAUUUUUGGAAUUCUGAAGCUGAGACUUGAGUCUUACUCUCCUUAUCUUAGCACUAACUCUCCUUAUCUUAGUACUUACUCUCCUUAUCUUAGUACUUACUCUCCAUCUUAGUACUUACUCUCCUUAUCUUAGUACUUACUCUCCUUAUCUUAGUACUUACUCUCCUUAUCUUAGUACUUACUCUCCUUAUCUUAGUACUAACUCUAAUGUUCAAAAUUAGACCCAACGUUUGUGAGAGUUGUCUCAGGAAUAUUAGUUUGUAACAUAUCUCCGGGCUCAAGUCUCAAUAAUAGCUUAGCCUUGAGACUUGAGACUUUUUCAAGAAUUAUGUAAAUCGCAUUUUCUGAAGUCGAAAUUUUUGAAUAUUCAUGAAAAAACUAUAAGUUUCCAUUUAUGACAUAAAGUUGAAGAUUAGCGCCAUCUUUUUCAAAAGUUUCGACAUGAAAAAUCAUUUGAAUUGAUUGAUUUAAAGUUAUUUGAAAACUUUAAAAUAAGUUUGAACAGUUGUCCAAUAAUAUUUCUGACAAUUGUAUAGAGAAAGUUUAUUGUUAAACAUAUUUUAUAUUUAUUGUAAACUUUUAAAAUAUUUUAAAAGUGUGAUUUUAACUCCAUCUUUUGGAGAAAAUUAGCAUUAAACUUUAUUCUUACUCACGAAUAUAACUCUCAAGCGGCUCUCAAGGCAUUUCAUUUUUUUAUCAUUAAAGAAUCAUAGAAAUAGACAAAUUUAAAUUUGUGUUCAAUUUAUUGUUAUUUUCAACUUGAAAAGUAUUUUAUAAAACUGUACCCUUUCAAUUGUAUGAUGGUUU